CCGAUUCUCGCUCUGCCAUUGGCCAGAAAAUUAUCGAUUCUACCGGAAUCGUCUCGAAUACUUCCGAUUUCAUAUAAAUACCCAGCGAGCUCCACAACGCGGCAAGUUCAAUUCCAAACGCGACAAGCGACAGAGCAAACUCACCAAGUGCUAAAGUGUAAUUGUAUUAUCAAUUAUCAGCGAAAGAAAAAAAAUGUCACUGCUUCCAUAUUUGCUGGGCGACUCCCUUCUGAGCGGCUCCUACUACAUGCGCCCCUCGCGCAUCAUGGACCAGCACUUCGGCAUGGUGCUCGACCCGGAGGACCUCCUGCAGCCCGUCGACGUGCCGAAGAUGGUGCUCCGGUGCCCGGCCGGCUACCUGCGCAACUGGAAGUCCACCGCCUCGCAGCAGGACACCGGCUCGACGGUCACCUACGGCAAGGACCGGUUCGAGGCGAACCUGGACGUGCAGCAGUUCAAGCCCGAGGAGAUCACCGUGAAGCUGACCGGCGAGAACACCGUCACCAUCGAGGGCAAGCACGAGGAGAAGGAGGACGAGCACGGCCAUAUCUACAGGCACUUCAUCAGGCGGUACACGCUGCCGAAGAGCUACGACGUGGCCCAGAUAGAGUCGAAGCUUUCCUCGGACGGGGUGCUGUGCAUCACGGCCCCGAAGUUGGAUAGCGAGCAGGUGGAGUGCAAGAACAUUCCCAUUACGCAGACCGGGGCGGCGGCCAGGCCUGUCGAGAAGAAGAAUGAUGCUGGAGAUAAGAAAUAGAUUUUUUCUUAUUUUUUUGCUUAUUUCAUCCAUUUUGUAUUAGCAUAUUGUAUGCAUUUUCUAGUAUGUAGGUUUUGUUAUAUUUUUCAUUAAUUUAAAUUAGCACCUUUCUGACUGAUUCGUAUAAGUUUAUAGUUUAGUUUCUACCUAAUAA